UGGGCGACCCGCCCGUGGCCUGAGGUCUCCAGGGAUGCGACUGGCGCCUGGAUUCCCCGCGGCCGCUCAGGCCCUUCCACACGGGGACUGAGGCUGGGGUCUUCGGGCCAAAGAGGAUCGAGAGCCGAACAUCUGUUUCCCUAUAGGAAUAAAAUGGAAGGAGAAUCAAGCAGAUUGGAAAUCCAUGGUCCAGUUUUUGACAAGAAAAAAAAAUAUUCAGUAUAUAAGGACAGACAUCGGAGGCAUUCCCAUGAGAGUUUCAGAGACUCCCCCCUGGCAAAAGAACAGCCUCACAUAACUAAGAGUAAAAAAAAGAGAAAGGAUUUCCAGUGUCUUGUUUCUUCUCCUUUGAAAAAAUCAGAAAUCUGUGAUGAGACUGAAAAGGAUACUUGUAUACCCAAGAAGAAAAAAAAAAGAAGACAUCAUGCUUUGGGGGUAGACGAGGAAACAGAUGUUGUGUGUGUCCUGGUGGAUAAAAAAAAAAUCAAGAACACGCCAAAAAAAUGUAGAGAGGAUGUUGACGUCAUCUAUGUUGAUACGAGCAAGAAACAAAAGUCAACACAAGAGCCUGAAGCAAACGAAAUGCAUUCAGUUACUAAAUCACGUAAAAAUGAGUCAGAAGAACUGCAUCAUAAAGUUAAGAAAAAGAACAAAAAACGUCGGAGGAAAGUUGACUCUUGUGAUGCUCUACAAGAAAGCCCGUGUGCGAGCAUCACCCUGCCCCGGUCGGAAUCACACAAGCAGGAAUCCCUGCUUUCUGUGGGCCUAGAAGGUGAAAUUACACAACUACCAGCAUGUGCUGGUAGAAACAAGUCUAAGAAAAAAAAAAGAAAAAUUUCAAAUAACCAGGAAUUUGAGGCAUUGGCCGUGCCCGAGAGUCUUGAGAACUCUGAGGGAUCGCAAGUGGUCGGUAAGGUCGAGACUACAGAAGACAGAAAGGAAGCCCACAGUGUAAAGCAAAAGGCUAAGAAAAGGAAGCGAAGGUCUUCUGUUGAAAGUGCCGUAGCAUCUGGUGGUGAUCUUUCGGUGCUCAGUACGGGCUUUGAGGACACACUCUUUGAUUCAUUGGAAGGUAGUUGUACCUUGAUUGAAGAAAGUGCGAGACCCAGGCCACGAGAGGAGAAAACCCAGGCCUGUUCCAGAGAGGUGCAGAGGUUAGAACCUACAAAUGAAGAAGAAAGCAAUUUGGAAUCGGCCAAAGAUUCUGAGACAAAAUAUUUAUCUGAAGAUUCGAGAGAGUCCGUUGAUUCCGAUGUGGAUUUGGAUUCUGCCGUAAAGCAGCUCCAAGAGUUCAUUCCUAACAUCAAGGAACGGGCUGCCACUACCAUCAAGCGAAUGUAUCGGGAUGACUUGGGACGGUUUAAAGAAUUUAAAGCACAGGGUGUCGCUAUUAAAUUUGGCAAGUUUUCUGUAAAGGAAAAUAAGCAGUUAGAGAAAAACGUGCAAGAAUUUCUAUCCCUGACAGGAAUUGAGAACGCAGACAAGCUGUUGUACACGGACAGAUACCCAGAGGAGAAAUCUGUGAUCACCGAUUUAAAAAGAAAAUACUCAUUUAGAUUGCACAUUGGUAAGGGCAUUGCCCGGCCCUGGAAACUCGUAUACUAUCGAGCAAAGAAGAUGUUCGAUGUCAAUAAUUACAAAGGCAGGUAUAGCAAAGGAGAUACCGAGAAAUUAAAGAUAUACCAUUCCCUCCACGGGAACGAUUGGAAAAAGAUUGGUGAGAUGGUGGCUCGAAGUAGCCUCUCCGUUGCCCUGAAGUUCUCCCAGAUCAGCAGCGAAAGAAAUCGUGGUGCUUGGAGUAAGACAGAAACCCAGAAACUCAUCAAGGCUGUUGAAGAAGUGAUUCUAAAGAAGAUGUCUCCCCAGGAGUUAAACGAGGUGGAUUCUAAACUCCAAGAAAAUCCUGAAAGCUGCCUGUCAAUUGUUCGGGAAAAACUGUACAAGGGCAUAUCUUGGAUAGAAGUGGAAGCUAAAGUAGAAACCAGAAAUUGGAUGCAGUGUAAAAGUAAGUGGACAGAAAUUCUAACCAAGAGGAUGACAAAUGGUCGGCAUGUGUACCGUGGAGUUAAUGCCCUGCAGGCCAAAAUAAACCUCAUUGAAAGAUUAUAUGAAAUAAAUGUGGAAGAUGCUAAUGAAAUAGACUGGGAAGAUCUUGCUAGUACCAUAGGUGAUGUUCCUCCAUCUUAUGUUCAAACUAAAUUUUAUAAGCUGAAAGCUACCUGUGUUCCCUUUUGGCAGAAGAAGACUUUUCCAGAGAUUAUAGACUACCUUUAUGAGACUAGUCUACCUCUGCUUAAAGAAAAGUUAGAGAAUAAGAUGAAGAGAAGAGGUACCGAAAUCCAGGCUCCUGCAGCACCCAGGCAAGUCUUCCUGUUCAGAGACAUCUUCUAUUGUGACGAUGACAGUGAAGGAGACGAUGUUGAUGACAGAAGUUAAGCGGAUGAUCCUGUUGUCCACUUUUCUAGGUUUGGUUGUUAUAUACGUGAGUCAGUAAAGCUAUUUUCAGUAUUGCUGUUUGUUAAAGAAGGUACAGUGGCCAAAGGACAGGCAUGAAAACGACAGCUUGUAUUGUGGAGCGUUAAAAAUUGAUCAACAUGUUCAUAUUUGAGUUUGUUUGAAUGUGGAAAGAAAGAGGAGCAUAUGAGUUGAUUUAAUGUUUCUGUACCAUUGUAUUGAAAAUAAUUACAACUAACAGUUUUUAUAAACCACAGUAUCCCAAGUCCCUCCAAUUGUAGCAGAGGGUAGAGUCACGUCCUGUGAACAUUUCAUUACGUGGAUUCAACUCUAAUGGCACUCGGCAAAAAUGAGAAAGUUAACAAUUUUAAUAAUGCAUGCCAUUUUGCUUUCUGUUUUUCCAGUUGUUCAUAUGUAUGUUCUCAAUGUAUAUAAGUAUGCAAUGAGUGUUAGAAGUUGCGGAUCUGCUGUUCCCUCAAACUGGUUUCAGUUCCCACGUACCUGUCACAGUGUGCGUAUCUCAUCUUCCUGAGUGUGAUUCUAGUGUUUAAAGAUACAUAUUUUUCAUACAAGAUGCCCUCUCAAAGCCAGUCACCUAAUUCACCUGGUAUUCAACUGGGGGAAAAAACAAACCAGCAGUCUCUUCCAUUGAUUCUAGAAAAACUGGCUCUGUUAGACUUACUGGAAGAUGCUGUGUGGGUCUCAGAACAACUCAUGCCUAACAGAAUUUAUAGGAUAAUUUUAACAUUGGGCUAUAUUCCAUCAGUUAGGAAAGCAAAACCACUCUAGAUAUUUCAAAGAGAGAAGGAUUUAAUAAAGGGAUUUAGGUUAUAAAGUUGUUAAUCAGAAUGAAGGAUAAAACAGAGGAAGGUUGAAUGACCCAGUGCUGGGCACUGAGGGGAAGCGGCUGCAGCCCCAUAUGGCCCAUUCUAAUGCGCCCCCAUGCUGCCUCCGCAAACUCUGGGUUGUCUGCUGCUGCUGCCUUUGCAGCAGCCUGUGCAACUGUGUCCCUUCUCUGCCACACAGCCUUAACAGGUACCUGUGUCUCCUUGGAACACAACUGCUUCUGCCUCCCUCCUGCCUUCUAGGCUCUCACAAGUGCCUCCCAUGGGCAGCCCCUUAGCAGAACCCUGCUGGCAAGGGAGAUCAAGUUUCCAGGCUUCUAGCCACAUCUGUACGGGAGAGCAUAGGAAGGAAGGUGUGGGUGAACACUAUCCCAUACAGUGGUGUCCCCAUCUGUGCCAAGAUGCAACUCCGCUGUCUCCUGAGUGUUCCCUCUGAUGUCAUCUGUGUGACAUCCUGAUGUGUGGCAUUGGCUAAUUCAUCCACAAAGCUAGACGUUUUUCCAAAACUGCCAUAAUUGGAGAAGGAAGAAUACAGAGGAACAAGUGUAGGAAUCCUUGGUCACCAGUAUAUCCCCAUCACCUGUCACGGUACAAAUAAUGGACACUCAAUGAAUAUUCAGUAAAGAGAUGAAUAUUUUCUUUUUAGCAAGUAUUUUGCCUUUCAUCACCUCCUUCUAUCCAUCAAACACCAAUCUCCGUGCCAAUGGAAUAUAAACUAUAUGUUCCUUUUAGAGGACAAUCUGGUGAAAUACAUCAGAGCCUCAAGAAUGUACAUAUUCUGUGAUCCAGCAAUUUCUCUGCUAGGACCUAAAGAAAUAGGACUAGUGUAUAAGAGUGACACUUUAUAAUAUGAAAAGUAGAAAAAAAUGUAAAUGUUCCUUAACAGGAAAUUUGUUAAAUUGUGGUAUAUUCCUAGAAUGGAACAGUACGCAGUAAUUCAAAACAAUAAUGGUAGAUUUGGUUAACAUAAAAAGAGCUAAAUGGUAUUAUCAACUGAAAUAUUUCAGAAAAGUAUAUGUAUUUUCUUAAUUUUGUAAAAGUAAAACAAUAAAGGACAUUGUGUAUAUAUAGAUGCAUUAAAAUGUAUGGGAGGAAUUAAA